CGAUAAAUUAGUUCUUGGAUCGGGCCUUGCUCAGUGCGUUGCUCCGUACCUUGAUGAACAGACUGGAAAAGCAGUCCCCUGAGUUGAUACACCUUGCAGUUGCAGAUCAAGAGGGCUUAUGUUUAAAGCUAAACCAGUGGAGGGAAAUACUUGUCAUGUUUAUCCAUUCUAUCGACAUAAAGAUGAAGGAAAAGGAGUUACUCUCGGACAUGAAUGUGAAAAUAUGGCUGGAUGACGUCAGAGAAUUGGCUGAUGAUGUGGAGGAGAUCCUGGAUGAGAUUGCCAAUCAAGCUUUAAUGGCUCCAAGACAGACUAUCACAGGUAGGAAAUGGUUCCCGGGCUUCAUCUCUGCUUAUUUCACAGGUUUGAUGAAAUCAAGUGUGGUUACCGCGUUUUAUGAUAGUCUGAGUUCCAAAAUAUCAGAUACAAGUAGCCGACUGGAAAAACUCAAUACCAAAAGGUAUGCACUUGGAUUACAGAUAGUGGUUUUUACUGUUCAAAGUUGUGGUGAUGGACCAAUGGAAUGGUUUAGGCCAUUGCCAACCAAAACUAUCUAUGACAGAGACAAUGAUAAAAUGAAAAUACUUGAAAUGCUGCUAAUGGGUGAAGCAAGUAAUCAUACCAACUUUAGUAUAAUACCCAUUAUCAGCGUUGCAGAAAUUGACAGAGCACGGUUGGCUCGACUUGUGUAUGAUGAUAAGGCAGUGAAGGACUUCAAACCAAGAGCCUGGGUUUCUGGUUCCAAAGAUUCUGAUGUUUUGAAAAUCUCCAAGGCGAUUCUGGAAUCGAUCACCUCUCAAUCCUGCGAUCUAGAGGAUUUAAAUGAGGUACUGGUUGAACUGAAAGAAGCUAUCAUUGGUAAUAAAUUUUUGUUUGUCUUAGAUGAUGUUUUGACGAAGAAUUAUGGUUUGUGGGAAACUCUAAAGUCUUCUUUUAUGGCUGGAGCUCCAGGAAGCAAGAUAAUAGUGACAACCUGCAGAGUAGAUAUUGAGUUCCCAAUCGAUCUCAAUAUUCAACCUUAUACAUUAGGGGAAUUGUCGAAUGAAGCUUGCUGGUCCUUGUUCAAGAUGCAUGCAUUUGAUCGGGAGGAUAGUGGUGUUUACAAAAAUUUAGAAUUAAUUCGUGAGAAAGUUUUGGAUAUGUGUAAAGGUUUACCUUUAGCAGCAAGAAUUCUUGGUGGCCUUCUGCGUUUUGAGAGUCGAGAUUUGAAUGGGAAGAAGUAUUGAACAAAGAAAUAUUUGAUUUAGCAGAAGAUAAUGAGAUUCUUCCUUUCCUCAAAUUAAGCUAUGACUAUCUUUCUUCAUCUUUCAAAAGGUGUUUUGCGUAUUGUGCGAUUUUGCCUAAGGAUUAUGAAUUCGACAAAGAAGAACUUGUUUUUCUAUGGAUGGCAGAAGGUCUUAUUGGAGGACCACUAGAGUAUCAGCAAGUGGAGUAUCAGUCAUGGGACAAUGAUCAAAUGGAAGAUAGAGGCAGUAAGGUUUUCCAAGAGCUAUUGGAAAGGUCUCUCUUCCAACAUUCAAGUAGUCAUGCUUCCAAAUUUAGAAUGCAUGACCUCAUCAAAAGUAUGGCACGAUGGAUUUGUGGAGAAACAGAUUUUAGAGAUGAUGUGUUGGGGGUCAAUAACCAACCGAGAAGAUUCAGAAGGGCUUGUCAUUCUGACACUUCAGCUAGUUGUGAUGGGAAAAAUAAAUUUGAGCUAUACUAUGAUGUUGAGCGCUUACGGACAUUUCUUCCGGGACUCAUACGUGGUGAUGAUACCCAUUACAUUACUGAUGUGCUUCUUUCUGAUUUGCUACCAAAGUUUAAAAGACUGAGGGCGUUAUCUUUGGAAAAGCAACAUAUUACUCGGUUACCCCAUUCUGUUGAAGGUUCGAGAUAUCUAAGAUAUGUCAACCUUUCUGACACUAUGAUCUCAAGGUUACCUGAUUCAAUAUGUUCGCUACACAUGUUGCAAAUUUUGCUAUUAAGAGAUUGCUCUCAUCUGGUAGAGUUGCCUUCCAAUCUGAGGAAUUUGAUCAAUCUACGACACCUUGACAUUACAGGAUUCAACUUAAUAAGGGAAAUGCCGCUGGGAAUGAAAGAGUUGAAAUGUCUUAGAGCAUUACUCAAUUUUAUUGUUGGCAAAGGUGUGGGAUCUGAUUUGAAAGACGUGGAGAGCUUAAAAUAUCUUCGUGAGCUUUACAUUUCAGGAUUAAACAAUGUAACUGGUUCAUAGGAUACAAAGGACUCCAUAUUAGUUGAUAGGAAGAGUCUAAAAGUGCUGGUAUUAGAGUGGGGUUCUCAAUUGGAUGACACACGAGAUGAGUUAGUUGAAGAAAAGGUACUGGCCAUGCUACAAACUCACCAAAAUCUGAAAGAACUCACAAUCAAAGGCUACGGUGGCACAAGAUUUCCAUCUUGGGUUGGAGAUCGAAAAUAUUUUAACAUAGUGGUCUUAACAUUGGAAAGAUGUGAAAAGUGCACAGUCUUGCCUCCCCUUGGAUGCUUGUCCUCACUUGAGCGCCUCACCAUCAAAGGAAUGACAAGAAUAAAAAGGAUAGGUUCUGAGAUUUUUGGAACUCUGGUGAACUCGCUGAAGACUCUAUGUUUUGAGGAUUUGCCAGAAUGGGAGCAUUGGGAUCCUGUUGGAGGAAAUAAGCGGGUUCACCCAUUCUUUUGCUUGUGCGAGCUAUCCCUUGUGAAAUGCCCCAAACUCAGUGGAAAAUUACCUGAAUUUCAUCAGGUUACUUUGCUGUGUAAACUUACAAUUCAGGAAUGUGGGCGGUUAGUGGUUUCGUUCCUAAACGUCCCACUGUCUUGCGAAGUAACGAUAGAUGGAGGCAAGAUGCUGUGCGGUAGUCAAACUUCACUCCAAGAAAACGAAGGAUUAUGUGAGUAAUUAAUUGCGUGAAUACUAUGUUGAAUUGGAGGAAGGCAAUAUUGAUGUCUAAAGUUUGUGUGUUUUUUAUUGAAUAAAUCUUAAAGACUCUGCUUCUUUUUCUUUUCGGUGCACUUUCGAUGGAAUAUCAUCUGUGUGUGUUUAUUUUGAAUCUUUAUAAUAAUGUAAAAGACUCAUUUUUACUUUUUUGUUUCUAUGCACUUUUCAUCGAUAUCACAUUGAGGAUUUUAUUUCAGAGCAG